AUGUCUCCAUCCGCCGUUGACGUGGCGACCGAGGUGCACAACGUAGCCAAGCAGGCCAUCCAGACAGACUCCCAGCCCAAGUACCCCGAGCCUUUGAAGCUGUCCGGCGCCCUCGACAGCUACGAAUACUUUGACACCACCCCAAUCAUCGGGCGGGAAUAUCCCAAUGCAAACCUGGUCGACAUCCUGAACAGCCCCAACUCUGACGAGCUCAUCCGCGACCUGGCCAUCACCAUAUCCCAACGCGGCGUCGUCUUCUUCCGCGCCCAAGACAACCUCACCAACGACCUUCAAAAGAAGCUCAUCCUGCGGCUCGGCGAGCUGACGGGCCGACCCAGGACGUCAGGCCUGCACAUCCACCCCCUGCUCAACGCCGAGCGGGAGACGUACGGCGGCGACGACAACGAGGUCAGCACCAUCAGCUCCGUCCAGAACGAGACGCUGGACAAAAAGACCUUUGUGCGCCCGGACGAGCUCAGCCCCAAGAAGCAGAGCACCGCCCAGUGGCACAGCGACAUUGCCUUUGAGCCCGUGCCGGCCGACUAUACGUCUCUGAGGCUGACGGAGCUGCCCAAGACGGGAGGAGACACACUCUGGGCAUCCGGCUACGAGAUCUACGACAAAAUCUCAGCCCCCUACCAAAAGUUCCUCGAAACGCUCUCCGUCACCUUCGCCCAGACGCGCUUUAACCAGAUCGCCGACGCCAACGGCUUUAGCCUGUACUCGCAGGCGCGCGGCGCGCCCGAGAACGUCGGUACCAACCUGCGCGCCGUCCACCCGCUGGUGCGGACCAACCCCGUGACCGGCUGGAAGAGCAUCUUCCCCGUGGGCGGGCACGUCAAGCACGUCAACGGCCUGACGGACGAGGAGAGCGACGCGCUGCUCCGGUGGUUCCUGGACCUCGUCUACCGCAACCACGACCUGCAGACCCGGCUCAGGUGGAAGAACAAGAACGACAUUGCCAUUUGGGACAACCGGAGCGUGUUCCACACCGCCACGUUCGACCUCGAGGGCCAGGGGCCGAGGUUUGGGAAUCGGGUUGUCGGGCUCGGCGAGAGGCCGUAUCUUGACCCGAAUAGCAGGUCGAGGAGGGAGGCGUUGGCCGAGGGGAACUAG